UGACACAGAUCGGGCAGCGCCAGUUUGUUUUUAUUUUGGAGUAACUUUUUCCUCACUUUUCCCGCAGUUUUUAAGCUCUGAAAUGGCGUCGUUAAAGGCCUCGGAGCCGGGGGCGGUGGACACUUCGGAGACGGUGGUUCCCGCGUCCAUGUUCGCCCCAGACCGAGCCGGGGACGGGGCUGAAUCCGAGGAAGAGCGCUCCGAAGGCGGCGAGGAGCCCAACGGGGAGUCCGCGGAUGUCCUGGACCUAACCAACAAGUUCCUCCUGGUGAGUCCGAACGCCAAACAGUACGACGCGUUACUCAGACACCUACGAGAGCGGAUCGAGGAGGGCAGCGGGGAGACCAUCUACGUCAUCGGGAUGGGCUCAGAUGGAGGGGAUUACGGUCUGAAUGCGUUGGACAUGGAGGCGUCCGUUGCCACGGUGAAGUCUCUGUGUGAGACCAUCGACGCAGACCUGGUCCUGCUCCGAGAGAGACCGGAGUCCGGGGGCCAAGUCCGGGACUAUCUGAUCCGCAGGAGGGUCGGGGAGCAGGACUUCCUCGAGGUCCGAGUGGCCGUCGUGGGGAACGUUGACGCGGGGAAGUCGACUCUCCUGGGCGUCCUGACUCACGGGGAGCUGGACAACGGCCGAGGCUUCGCUCGACAGAAACUCUUCAGACACAAACACGAGAUGGAGAGCGGCCGCACCAGCAGCGUGGGCAACGACAUCCUGGGCUUCGACCAGGAGGGGCAGGUGGUGAACAAACCGGACAGUCACGGGGGGAGUCUGGACUGGACCAAGAUCUGUGAGAAAUCCUCUAAAAUCAUCACGUUUAUCGACCUGGCCGGACACGAGAAGUACCUCAAGACCACAGUGUUCGGGAUGACCGGGCACCUGCCGGACUUCUGCAUGCUCAUGGUGGGCAGUAACGCGGGCAUCGUGGGCAUGACCAAAGAACACCUGGGUCUGGCUCUGGCGCUGAACGUCCCGGUGUUUGUGGUGGUCACCAAAAUAGACAUGUGUCCAGCCAACGUCCUGCAAGAGACGUUAAAGUUGUUACAGAGGUUACUCAAGUCUCCCGGCUGCAGAAAAAUUCCAGUUUUGGUUCAGAACAAAGACGACGUCAUCGUCACAGCAUCAAACUUCAGCUCAGAGAGAGUGUGUCCGAUCUUCCAAAUCUCAAACGUGACCGGGGAGAACAUGGAUCUGCUGAAGAUGUUCCUGAACCUGCUCUCGUCGCGGACCACGUUCAACACGGACGAACCGGCCGAGUUUCAGAUCGACGACACCUACUCUGUCCCGGGCGUAGGAACAGUAGUAUCAGGGACUACUUUACGUGGAUUGAUACGUCUGAACGACACGCUGCUCCUCGGCCCGGACCCUUUAGGAACCUUCUCCCCCAUCACGGUGAAAUCCAUCCACAGAAAGCGGAUGCCGGUGAGGGAGGUGCGAGGAGGGCAGACCGCCUCAUUCGCCCUCAAAAAGAUUAAGCGGUCGGCGAUCAGGAAGGGGAUGGUGAUGGUGUCGCCGAAGCUCCAGCCUCAGGCCACGUGGGAGUUUGAGGCCGAGAUCAUCGUCCUCCAUCAUCCGACCACGAUAUCCCCGCGCUACCAGGCCAUGGUUCACUGCGGCAGCAUCCGUCAGACGGCCACCAUCCUGAGCAUGAACAAAGAGUGUCUGAGGACCGGAGACAAAGCUGCUGUUCACUUCAGGUUCAUCAAGACUCCAGAAUAUCUCCACCCAGAACUGAAGCUCGUGUUCAGAGAAGGACGCACCAAAGCUGUGGGCACCAUCACUAAGCUGCUUCAGUCGGUCAGCACGCAGGCGGCGAAAGCUCAGGCGGCCAAAUCCCAGAGCUACAGGAAAAGAGACGGAACGGCCAACGAGGAGGCUCCGUCUGCGCCGCGACCAGGAAGUCCCACCUCCUCACAGAUACAGUUGAAGUCGGGGGGCGCCGGUCGCAGGAGAGGAGGGAACAGACACCGAUCGAAAGGGCUGAACGUAGCGCCGAUGCCCACGCCUGUGUCCACCGGAGCCGGGACUGCCUGAAAUCAAUCAAUCAAUCCAUAAUCGGGACUAAUGUGCCGUUAAAAGACGAACGAGACCUGGAAAAACUCAAAAUAUUCAACUGUGAUCAUGAAAAUAUAAGUCUAAAAUGCCCAUGUUACACUUUAAUGUUGUUUCCUCGUCACAAACAGACCCGGAGUUGCGUUUUGUUUCGUUCACACAUGUUCAACAACAACGUAGAAAACACGCCGUUCCACCUUGUGAUGUCACGAGGUAAUACAGAAGGGCUCCACUGUGUUUUUAAACUCCACACACCUUCACUAGAAUCAUUUGGAUCAUUUCAGCCUCGGGAUUUUCCGAUCUCUGCCGAACUAAAGGGAGAAAAGGAGCUGUUCACGUGAAAACUAUCGCUCUUGAUGACAUCACAAGGUGGAGCCGAGCGUUUUGGGGUUUGGAGAUGAACACAGACUGAUGAUAAAGAGUUUCUCGAACAUGUGAAUGAAACAAAACACAACUCCAGGUCUGUUUUUGAGGAGGGAACAACAUCAUAACCCGACUUAAAGGCAGUGGUGAAUGUUGAGUAUCUGUACUUUACUUUUACUUUUACUUCACUACAUCUGAGAGCAGGUAUUUGUACUUUCUACUCCACUACAUUUUUGAACCAGACUGAAAAGUAAAAGUAUUUUUAUCAGAGUUUGAAACCUGCUGAAAAACGUCGAAGAUUUUAUUUUUAACACGUUUGUAUUUUGAGCAAACAAAUAAAAACAGCUACAAAAAACGA